AUGGCGCGACUUGACAACCAGGAUCCGGUGAUUAAAAAGACUGCUAUUUACGCCCUAGAUGGCCAGUCGAAUUUACGGGAAGAGACACUCAAGCAGAUAACGGUUCGACUCGAGGAUGAAUAUCCGGGCGUCAGGAUGGCAGCCAUUGACGUCCUGUCGAGCCCAUCGAGCUUGGAGGAAGUGACCCUCAACCAGAUAGCUGCGCGCCUUGAAGGACCAAGAUCAUGUGCUUCUCUACUCGAUAAUCCAGAUUGGGUUGUUAGGAGGGCAGCCAUUGAGGCUUUAGAGCGCCAGUCAAACUUGCCGGACGUAAGACUUAACCAGAUAGCUGCACGGCUUGGGGAUCAAGAUUCGGAUAUCAGAAGGGCUGCCACUGACGCCCUGAGCAGCCGUUCGAACUUGCCAGAAGUAAUACUCAACCAGAUAGCUGCGCUGCUCGAGGAUCAAGAUCUAGACGUCAAAACGGCUUCUAUGGACACCCUCGGGAGCAAGCCGAACUUGCCGGAAGGGGUCCUGAAUCAAAUAGCGAGGCAGCUCAAAGGUCACGGCCUAUUCGCAGUCGACCGGGUGGCACCUAUGAUAAUGGAACACCAUAAAUUCCAUUUCGUUUGCCUGGUCGGAGGCCAUGCACAAGGACUACUUCCCCUUCUACUGAAGCAAAGUUUUAACAACCAUUUAGCUUGGUAUAUCCAGGACGGCAAGUCUUAUCUUCAAACAGAUAAUCGUCUCGGUUGUGUGGAAUUAUUACAUGGAGAAUCCAAUUUAGAGGUGGCUUUACAGCGGGCGCGAGAGCACGCUGCCAUUCCUGCCGUGGGGGCGUCGCUUGAAGCUGAACUGGGAUACUCGGCCGCCUGA